AUUCAAUGGAAAUUUAUUGGAGGAAAUCAUAACGUUGUUCAAAUGUCUUAUAAGGGCUCAUGUGAAAUGCUUUCUAGGCCAGAAGCUUUUCGAUCCGAAACGAAUCCACCAAGCAAAAUGUUUGAGAUCGUUAUUAAAGAAACAAAUGAUACAUAUUAUUAUAUGUGUGCCGUGGGUACUCAUUGUAGGACUGCUGGAAUGUGGGGUGCCAUUAAUAUCGUUCCUCCUCCUAGAGAAACUUACGUUCUUCCUUCAGAAGAUAAAAAAAGUAGCCCAACUGAAAAACCAAUCGGAAUGAUACUUGGUGGCGUGUUUGGUUUUCUAAUAGUUUCAGUUGCGGGAUUCAUUUUAUUUAAAAAAUAUAAAUCGAAGCAAUCGUCAAAGAGAACAGGUCCUGAAGUCAUUAAGAUUAUUGGUAAAGAAGGAAAAAUUCCCGCUCAAGAUCUUAAGAAACCUGAUCAGGUCAAAAUUGAUAAUGUUGCCAAAGUUGUAUAA